GCUUAAGUAAGGCAAGGUUGUAGAAUAUAAUCAGAAUCUACUAUGGAAAAAGGUAAAGACAUGGCGAGAGACGAGCAAGAUCAGACAACGGCAAUAGAGCCACUUAGCCCGGUUUCACGGUUGUUUGUUUCUCCGAGUCUCUAUUGCUUCAUCAUCUUCACUUUAGGGUUUCAAACUCGAUGCAACCCUUCCACCAUUCUUGAAGGUGUCAAGAACACUUGGAUCAAGCUCCCUCGCUUCUCUAGCAAAGUGGAGAUGAAGAAAAAUGGAAAAGCGUUUUGGAUUCCUGUUAGUGUUCGAGUAGAAGAUCAUGUUAUUGUACCGGAUCUUGAUUAUUCAAACAUUGAAAAUCCUGAUCAAUUUAUAGAGGACUAUACUUCGAACAUAGCUAAUAUUCCAAUGGACAUGUCCAAACCUUUGUGGGAACUUCAUUUACUUAAUAUAAAGACGUCAAAUGCAGAAUCUUUGGCUAUAGGCAAAUUCCAUCAUUCACUUGGCGAUGGGAUGUCUCUUAUGUCUCUUCUAUUAGCUAGUUCACGAAAAACAUCAGAUCCUGAGGCUCUUCCUACUACCGCAGCUACAAAAAGAAAUGUCGGUUCCAACAAUAAGCAUCGGUGGUUGGUUGGAAGGCUUUGGUUCAUGUUAAGAGUCAUUUUCACAACUGUUAUUGAAAUGUUCAAAUAUUUGCUUACACUAUGUUUUAUGCGGGACACUAAAACUCCUCUCAUGGGUAAAACUGGAGAUAGAGUUGGAUCUAAAAAGAUUAUCCAUAGGAUAAUAAGCUUUGAUGAUGUCAAAUUGGUGAAGAAUACUAUGGAAAUGAAAGUAAAUGAUGUUCUUCUUGGAAUCACACAAGCAGGUCUCUCAAGAUAUUUGAAGAGAAAAUCUGAUAUGGUGGUCGAGAAGACACAAAUCUUAGAAAAAAUCCGUCUUCGUAGUACAGUAUUUAUAAAUUUAAGACCAGACACAAAAAUCGAGGAACUUGCUAAUAUGAUGGAAAAAGAUUCAAAGUGUAGAUGGGGAAAUUUCGUGGGCUUUGUUAUGUUUCCGUUGUGGAUAAGAUCCGAAGAUGAUUCGUUGGAAUACGUCCGAAGAGCCAAAUCUAUUAUGGAUAUUAAAAAACUCUCCAUGGAAUCACUUCUUUGCUAUGGACUCAUCAAAUUUACCAUGAGAAUAUUUGGAGAACAGGCAACAGAAUCUCUUAUUAAGAGGAUAUUUAAUCAUACAACAUUGACAUUUUCUAAUGUGUUGGGGCCAGACGAAGAAAUAAGUUUUUUUGAUCAUCCCAUGUCUUAUAUCGCUGCAAGCGCAUUAGGUGGACCACAAGCUCUUAUUAUUCAUUAUGUAAGCUACGUAAACAAGAUUGUCAUCAAUCUAGCCGUAGACACAACGGUUAUUCCAGACCCUCAUCUACUAUGUGAUGAUUUGGUAGAAUCUCUCUAUAUCAUCAAACUUGCUGCCAUGAAGAAAGGUAUCCAUAAAAUGGAGGUUUGAGAUUUGUAUCACCAAAAAUAUAAAAUGAAGUUGUAUAGGUAUGUUUAAAAGUGAAGUUGUAUUUUCGAAAGAUAAAGUGUUG